CGCCCCUCUACCACGCGUCCCGGCGGCCUGCGCGCGCCCGGGAGUUUCAAUUUCCUCGGGUUUGCGGCAAUUUCGCAGGGGGAGCGGGUGGUGGGGUCGCCGCCAGCCGCAACUGGAGGAUGUAGCGAGCACCGGGUAGCUGAGAGGCGCAAAGGAGCAGCGAGGAUGGCCGGGAGAGGGAAGGCGUUGGUUUCUGGGCGGCGCCAAGUCUGUGAGGGGGCGCGGUCACCGCCGAGGCUGCCCUAGGACGCCAGGGCGGCCACGUCCCGCUUCCCCCGGGUGUGGAAGCCGCCGCGCGUGCGUAGCCCUAAGGGUCUCUAGACAUGUCGGAGGUGAAGAGCCGGAAGAAGUCGGGGCCCAAGGGAGCCCCAGCGGAGCCGGAGAAGCGGAGCGAGGGCCGAAAGAGCCCCGAGGCCCGGGGCGGCGGAGGUGGGGUCUGGGCUGACCCCCGGACGGGCCUGAGCCUGCUGUCGCUGGGGACGUGCCUGGGCCUGGCCUGGUUUGUAUUUCAGCAGUCAGAAAAGUUUGCAAAGGUGGAAAACCAAUACCAGUUACUGAAAAUAAAAAGCAAUGAGUUCCAAGGACUUCAAAGUAAAAUCACUUUAAUUUCAGAAAAGCUUGAGUCUACUGAAAGUAUCCUGCAGGAAGCUACAUCAUCCAUGUCUUUGAUGACCCAGUUUGAGCAGGAAGUAUCGAGCCUCCAAAGUAUCAUUCAUGACAUUCAAAAUAGUGAAGAGAUGCUCACUCAAAAGAUGCAAAACCUUAAUGAGAAAUUCCAGAAUAUUACUGAUUUCUGGAAGAGAAGCCUAGAAGAAAUGAAUGUUAAUACAGACAUUUUCAAAUCAGAAGCAAAACAUAUACAUUCUCAAGUUACUGUCCAAAUUAAUUCAGCUGAACAAGGAAUAAAAUUGCUCACUGAGCGGCUGAAAGAUUUGGAAGAUAGCACACUAAGAAAUAUUAGAACAGUAAAGAGACAAGAAGAAGAAGAUCUCCUGCGAGUAGAGGAGCAGCUUGGAUCUGAUACAAAAACAGUUGAAAAGUUAGAAGAGGAACAGCACACUCUCUUUGCCAGAGAUGAAGAUCUGACUAAUAAACUUUCCAACUAUGAGCCCAAAGUUGAAGAAUGCAAGACACAUUUACCAACAAUUGAAAGUGCUAUUCGCUCUGUUCUCAAAGUCUCUCAGGAUCUGAUAGGAACAGAAAAGAAAAUGGAAGACUUGACUAUGCAGAUGUUUAAUAUGGAAGAUGAUAUGCUGAGAGCAGUGUCUGAAAUAAUGGAGAUGCAGAAAAUCCUUGAAGGAAUUCAAUAUGAUAAUAGCAUAUUAAAGAUGCAAAAUGAACUGGAUGUUCUCAAAGGAAAAGUUCACAAUUUUAUAGCAUAUUCAAGUAUAAGAGAAAAGGGAACUUUAGAAGAAUAUAAUCUAGAAAAUAAAGGAAUUGAUGGUGAUUUUUAAAUUCACUACAUUUAUUCUGAUGAAUCAUAUUAUUAUACAUAAAUUGAUUAGUUCCACGGUUUUAAGUUACUUUGUUUUGAUAUGCCUCGCUAUAUCCUACAUUAUUAGGAAAUAGAUGUUCACACAAAUGGAUUACCCAUAUAAUCAAAGCUUAUCUUUUUAAACACUAAAACUUUACUCUAUUGUAACCAUUCUAAAUAGAAACAGUUCUAAAACAUAUAUUUCUCUAUUUUUAAAGCAAGAUAUUUAAUAUUUUUAAAUGUUUUUCUAAUAAUUCAUGGACAUCAUUAUGAAACUCGCCUGUUAUAUUGGACCCAAAUAUAUCGAUGUCUCUAGGAACUAAUGAAGAGUGUUUACCACUUCACUAAAUGACCCUAGUUUGCGGUUUUUCAAACCUUUGUUUCAUGCCUUUUCUGCCACUGGAUCUUACUGUCGGGUUGGUUGGUAAUGUCCCUGCCUAAGCCAGUUCUUCACUUUCCUUUGUAAUUCACUGCAGGUUAAGAAUCCAGACAACCAAGUUCAUAAGAAUUUUGUCUAAAAUAAAAGAUAACAUGCCUGAGGGAGAGCCUGGGGCCUUUGCUAUGAAUUAAUAUGCACUUUCUGAAAGCUAUGAAGCCUGGGAAAUGUUUUACUUUUUAAGGUUCUGAACUGUGUUACACAUACUUGUAAGAAUUUUAAAAUACAAGUAAAUAUCUUCUAAUUUAAGGCCUUUCCUAUGAAUUGUGUGUGUAUGCUUUGAAAUAUGAACCUUUGGAAUAUCUUUGUAUAUCUGGGCUUUUUUUUUUUUUUUUUUUUUUUUAGAUUCUAACUGUGUUUACACUCUUGAGUUUGCUAGAUAUACAAUCUCUAGAUAAAUUAGUCUACUUACAAUAGAAAUGCACCAAUAAACCUGUGGCCUACUUUAAGGAGGAAAAAGCAUAAUGAUAAAUGAUGAUAUUAAUAAUUAUGUUAAAAGUAUAUCAUUUUAAAGGUUUCGUAAACUACUGAACUAAAUUUGUUUUACAUAUUGAUUUCAUUUUAUUCAAAAUAAUAUAAUAUUGCCAACUGCAUAUGGAAGUGCUUUUCUUACUUGCCAAUAACCAUCCCAGUUUUAUAAUUCAAUUUCAGUGGAAUUAAACACAAAACUCGAAAGCAGUCAGUUACAAAAGACAGUUGUUGUCAGAUAGUUUCAUUAUGUAAAUUUGCAAGUUUUUGGAGAAAUCCCAAACAAGUUCUACAUUAGAGUUAGGAGUGCCUAUGGUAGAUAGCCACAGUUAUAAAAAUAAUCUUGAAGAGUGCUACUAUUAAGGCAUAGCAUUAAUUUUUGUUAUUGUGACAUUAAAUUUCUUGGCUUCUGAAUGUGUAAGUUCUUAUCUAUGUGCACUGACAAAAUUCUGUUUGUUUACUUUUAUUUUAGUGCUAGAAAAAUAGGUUAUAAAGUUGGCUGAAACUUUGUUGUUUCAACCUCCAUCCUGUCAGGGCAGAUAUGCUCUUUUGUACUCUUCACUUUUAAAUAAUUUUUUUUUUUUGCUGAUCAGAUUUCAUACAACUUUAUUAUGAACUUAUGUAUGUCAUGGUAAUGGUUACUGAACGUAAAUGGAAACAAGGUGGCCACUGUGCUCUAUGACACAAAGGAAACAAACUGAACUUCUACAAAUAUUACGUGAGAAAACUAUUGAAGUAUAUAUAUACAUAUGUGUGUGUGUGUGUAUAUAUAUAUAUAUAUAUACUCUGUAUGUGUAUAUAUUCCUUUACUAAUGUUUUUCUAUUAAAAAUCAUCAUUAGAUUUAGAUAUACUUAA